UUUACGAAAGAUCAUGAAGUCGUGUUGUCGAGGGUGCUGAACAUUUAGGCCCCUGGUUAAAGCGCAUUAAAUGGGCGAAUAAAUUGCUCAGUAUUUAUGCAGGAUACUGUUGUGUGAAAUAUGUGCAGCACUUCUGAUAAAAGCCUAUAAUGCCCUCUCCAAACGCCACAGACGCCCUUCUUAAAGAGGCGCAACACGGCCAUCUGGAAUCGGUGAAACGCUGCAUCGAGCAUUACUUUCCUGGUGAUGAUUUCUCAUGGCUAAGGGCACACCACGCGAAAUCGGGGGACACUUUGUUCACGUUGGCAGCAAGACACGGACAUGUGGACAUAUUGAAUUACUGCCUGGAGGCCAGGGUUGACAUAAAUCAGGGCAAUUUCGACGGAAAACGGGCACUGCAUGAAGCGUCACAUUUCGGUCAGUUGGAGUGUGUGACGGUUUUGUUAAACAAUGGAGCGGCAAUAGAUGCUUUGAAGAAAGCUGAUUGGACACCACUGAUGUUGGCCUGCACUAAAACUAACCUUGAAGUAAUCCAGGAGCUGAUACAGAGGGGGGCCAAUAUUAGCUUGAAGAAUAAAGAUGGCUGGAACUGCUUCCACCUGGCUGUGAGGGUUGGAUAUGCCAGUAUUCUGAACUAUCUAUUGGACUGUGAUGAACUGGUGUCUAAUACUGUCAGCAAAAAUGGAAGGACACCUUUACAUACUGCAGCUCUUCAUGGUCAGCAGUCAGCAGUGGACAUCCUUCUGGACAGAGGUGUGACUCCUGUUGACCAACAGGACAGCUGUGGAACCACACCCCUCAUGGACGCUCUCAGGGCAGGACACCUUCAUGUGGCGGACAUGCUGAUAGCACAUGGGGCAAAUGUCAGAAAACGGGACAUCCUGGGCAGAGAAGCCUUCCACCUUGCUGCAGAGGCAGGCUGUGUGGAGUCAGUGGAGCACUUAAUACAGAAAUGUGGGGUAGACAUCAACACUUCUACACAUACUGGGAACGCGGCUCUACACCUGGCUGCCAAGGAGGGCCAGUCUACCAUGAUCCUGUGUCUACUGCAGCAUGGCUGUGACUUGAGCAAGAAGGACAACAGAGGCCGGACAGCAUUACAUAUAGCCAGUGGAGCACAACAUACAGAGUGCAUCAAAAUUCUCUUACAACAUGGAGCUGCUGACCAGCCUGACCUCAGUGGACAGCUAGCUUGUGGCCUGGUCAGGAAUUCUGAAGUGGCCAAACUUUUUAGCACCACAGUGACUGGAAGGUGACAAAGAUGUAACUUGGAUGUUGACAUUCUAGUCAUGACGCAGCAAGAAACUUAACUUUUAUGUCCUCAUUUUAAUGAUAAUUUAUCCUUAUAUGGUUCAUUCUUGAUUAUUUUAACACACACACCUGGUUAAUCCAUAACAUAAUAACUGCAAUGUGGAGUUUAUGGUAAAGUUGACUAUUAAACAGCAUUUGAAAUAAAUAAAUAAAUAUAUGAAAUAUUUUUUAAAACCUGUGUAGCAGGCUUUAUGUCACAAGAAGUAGUAUUUAUAGAUAUUACAAUAAAUAUUUAUGCAGAAACAGUGAAAUUUCUUUGUAUUCUUCAAGAAAAAACUGAGAUGGUCCAACACUGUAUUAGCACAGUCACUGUUUGUGAUAAUUGUAUAAAAACCAACUGAGAUUUUUUUAUCCUAAAAUAGAAGUUCUCAUUGGUCUGCUACAUAUGACUUCCAUUUAGUUUUUCUUAAUAAACUGGGUAUAAUAUU